CUGCCAUCGGUUAGUUCUGACAACAUCAUAGCCGCCAUUAUCUCAUUGGGGUAGUCGCUUGUUGGAAAAAUGCAUUUUUCCUGAGAGAUAUCGCAGAUCCCAGUGGAAAAGUGUUCGCAAGUGUGUCGCGUGAGCGCGUGGAGUGAGAUUGUGAUAAAAAGUGCGCGGUGGCGAGUGUAUUUAGUGCGCAGGGGGCGGAAAACAAUUGGGUGCAGGGAGAGCGUCCUCUUUAGCGCGCCAUCUGGCUGUAGCGGCCAUUGUGAAAAUAAAUAGUCUCGCACACCCCCAACGCAGCUCGUGGAACCGCCUCGAGUCCGGUUCCGCACAGGAUAUCCGUGGAGAGACUUGCGCGGCUGCGUCCGCGAGACUCCUGCGCCACUGGCGCCCCCUUUGCCCGGCGGAGCAGCGCGGUUGACGUUUGAUGGAAGAAGAAGAUCGGCAGCCGCUCGAGAGCGCGGCAAUGGACACUCCGGCGGAGGUGGUUGAGUCAGUGGAGCCUCAGAAGGAGCCAGAGAAGGAGGCCGUGGUGGAGCAGCAGCUGAAUAAUGUGGAUGGGAAGCACACGGCCGAGGAGGAGCAGGAAGCGGAAGCGGCGCCGCCUGAGGAGAGUCCAAAGGAGCAGGCAAAUAACGUGGAUGCUGUAGUGAAUGCGGAGGGGGUGGAAGAGGAGUCUCAGGAGGAGGAGCAGCAGCCUGCGGAGGCUGAGACUUCGCAGGACGCCGCUCCGCAGAGUGUGGAGACGUCUAAUGACGUGGAGAUGAAAGACACUUCCGAGGACAACACUCAGGAGGAUUUACAUGCGUCGGAGGAGGUGAAUGUGGCCGAGGGAGUGCCGCAGACGGAAGAGGAGAAGGCAGAGCAGCUGAGGCAGCUGCAAGAGGACGAUCCUUUCGCCUCGGCAGAGCCCGAAGAAGAGCCAAUGGACACCGCGGAGAACUGUGAGAGUGUCGAUGGCGCCAGUCAAUCGCCGACGCCAAUGGAGACGGCGAAUUCCGGAGACGAGGAGACACACAAGUCGGGCGAUGAAGCCCACAAGUCAGGGGAUGAAGCGACGGCAGCGGAGGAGCCGCCAGCGCGAGAGCAAGAGGCGGUAGAGGGGAAUCGGGAUCAAGAGAAGAGCCAAAGCGAUGAUCUCUUCGAUUCUCUGCACGAGGAGGCGAGAAAGUCGCCGGCGCCGCUUGAGGACACUGUCGAACAGCCGGACAGUGUGCAGAGAAUGGAGUUCGAGGAUGAUGAGCCUCCUGCCGAUGAUGCGACAGCGGCUGCGGAUGAAGCUGAUGAGGAGAGACACGAUGAGAAUGCGGACGAAGCGCCUGCGGAGGAGGACGAAGGCGGUGGCGAUGAGGAGGUGUGUCUCAUUCCGGAUGAGGAGCGAGAGAUCUCUGAGGCCGAGAGGGAGGCACUGUUGGCCCAGGAAGCGGCAGAGAAGGCGCAGGAGGAGGAGAGGGCGGAUGAUGACGGGAGUGAGGAGAAUCGGCAGGCAGAGGAGGCUGGCCCCGAGGAGGAGGGCGUGAACGCCGAGGGGCAGCCGGAUGAGAAUGAUGUGACACACGAGGACUCCUCUGCGCAGCACGAUGUCGGCAUGGAGGCAGCGGAAGCCACGACGCUGGCGGCAAAUGAGAUUCGCGAGGAGGCGCAGGCGACCAAGGAGCCUGUGGAGUGUGUGCAGUGCAAGAAGUCGCUGAAUUGCGCCUUCUCCGUGCUGCAGGAGGGCGAGCCAAAGAGUCUGUGCGCCCUGGAGUGCGUGGAGGAGUUCAGGAAGGCCAACGAGGGCACGGAAUUCACGGUGCAGCGCCAGAAGUUGUCCAUUUACAUCAUUCUGGAGACGGGAAAGACGUGCGCUCAGUGCAGCACCAUCAAAUUAUGCAAAUAUCGCUUCAGGAAGACGGCCAAUGCGGAGUACAGCUUCCUGUGCGACCAGCCGUGUCUCAAUGCGUUCAUUGUGCUGCAGACGGAGCAGAAGUGUGUCGUUAUUCGGAGGAAGUAUUUGAUUGAGGAUGUUCCGGUGAGCGAUGAUGAGGAGAUGAGGAAGUGCUAUCAAUGCACAGACGACAAGGCGUGCCGAUUCGUGUUUCGCCAGGAUGAGGAUGAGUUCUUCCUGUGUCAGGAGGAUUGUGUGAAUCUGCUGCUACUGGAGCAGCCGGAUCGCUUCAGGCUGAAGAGACGCGCCACGACGGUGAGAGUGAGGGAUUUGCCGAAGGAGAGUGGCGGCUCGGCCACUGUGAUCUCCAAUUCUGCCCCAGUUCAGGGGGAUCUGGAGACUUUUGGGCCCGAUUCGUCACAGUUGGUGGCCAGGACGCCUGAGGAGGUGGAGCAGGCGAGAAUUGAGCGAGAGCAGAGCUUCCUGCGCGUCUGUGUGCAGUGCUUCAGCCAGGUGACGCCCAAUGAGAAGAGCAUCAUCUGGGAGACGAUGGACUACUGCAAUGAGACGUGCCUGCAAUCCUACCAGGGCAUGAUGCUGGGCAGCUGCAGUUUGUGUGGCAUGGCGACGCCGACGGCGAGCAUUGGGAAGUACUGCGUGCGCUUCGGCUAUCAGAUCCGGCAGUUCUGCCAAACAUCGUGUCUGGCGGUGUUCAAGAAGGGGCUGAAGAUGUGCUCGUACUGCCAUGAGAACAUGGUGGACAAGACGGGCAUCCUGGCGGCGAUUGGACCCACGCAAUUCAAGGACUUCUGCUCGAACGAGUGCAAGGAUGGCUUCCUGACGGUGGUGAUGGGCAAGAAGCGCCACACGGUGGCGGAUUGUGGUGUGUGCAGGAACAAGAAGCCGGUGCGCAAGGAGGUGAUCAUGGACGGUGUGACAUUCAAGCUGUGCUGCAAUGCCUGCUUCUCCGCAUUUAGUUUUGUCAACAAUCUCACGGCGGAUCAGUGCAAGUUGUGCAAUAAGUACUUUGAGCGCAAGGGCAGCGUCUCAUUCACCAUCUAUGAGGACUUUACGCCGAACAUCUUCUGCUCGAAGAUCUGCUUCAAUCUCUACAUUGUGCAGAAUCGCAAGAUUGUGCCGUGCGCGUGGUGCAAAGUGAAAAAGUACAACUUUGACAUGCUGAGACGCGGUUCUGGUGGCAAAUCCAGUCUCUUCUGCUCCACAUCAUGUCUCGCGAUGUACGACAUGCCGAAGCUCACGAUUCCCGGGAAGAAGGGUGUGUGCGACAAUUGCUCGUCCAAGGGCGCGCCGCAGUAUCACUUGACCAUGUCGGAUGGGUCGAUGAGGAACUUCUGCACGUACCAGUGCGUGAUGGCGUUUCAGAGUCAAUUCGGGAAGCGACCGCUCACGCUCAGUUCGCCGGAGGACGACGCGCGACCGGUGCCGGCGGGCCUGCCGAAGCGCGUGAAGUCGUCGUCGGGCCAGAAGGCCACUCCGCAGGGUGACACAUCUCAAGCGACUGCCAAAGCCUCGGCUCCGGCGUCCAAGAGCGCGGCAACGCCCAAGAACGCCCAACCGUCUGUACCUGUAAUCGCAAAGGUCACAUCUCUGUCGCCGAUGGUGACGCGCACCCGUGGACGCCCGCCCAAGAACAGCCUCCCGGCCAACAAUGACGCCUCGCUGAGCAAUGACUUCACGCGAUUCAUCGAGGCGCAGCCCAGAGUUGUUCUGCAGCGCACAGAAUUGUCCCACUUGCGUCCUCCAACGCCGCCACUGUCGGCGGCUCGUGUCGCCCCAGCACGGCCGACAAUCCGUGUGUCGUCGUCUUCGAAGUCUGUGCAGACGGUGGCGCAGCCGGCGCCGCCGGCGCGCGUGGAGCACAAGACCCAGGUGGUCACUGUGGCGCCGCCGCCGAAGCCCGUGGCCAACAUGGCGACGUCUUGCAAGCCGCUGCACGUGUCCAAGAGCAUCACGUGCCGCCCGAAGACGGAGGAGGCCGAGUGCCAGACGGACGAUCACCUGCAGAGGAAGAUCGUCAUCCCGAUUCCUGUGCCCAUGUACGUUCCCUCGCCCAUGCACAUGUACUCGAUGCCCGUGCCGGUGCCAAUUCCCAUCCCCAUCCCAAUUCCCGUGCCCAUCUUCGUGCCAACGACGCGCAACUCCGCGGCGGGCAUUAUGAAGGAGAUCAAGAAGAUCCAGGACAAGAUGCCAACGGACCCCUUCGAGGCGGAGCUGCUGAUGAUGGCCGAGAUGGUGGCGGGCGACAAGAAGAAGGCGGACAGCGACUCGGAGUCGGACGCCGAGGAGGCGCCCGAGGACGCGUUCGCGCAGGAGAACAUUGAGACGGGCAAUGCCUUCGGCGAGGACAUGCUGCAGAUGGCCCUGAAGAUGGCCACGGAGUACGAGGAGCCCCCGGUGGAUCUCGAGUCGGCGAUGACGGCCAACACAAUCACGCCCGGCGCCCAUCCGCAGCACCUCGGCGAGAGUGUCAUCGAGCAGCACAACACUCUGCAUCAGCACCAUCUCAUGCUGAUGGAGCAGCAGAGACAAGCUGAGAUGGCAGUCGGAAGAGGCCGGAAACGCGCCACGCCCGCCUCGAGGAACACUCGACCGGCGCCUGUGAAGCGUCAGCGGCGGAAUGAGAACGUCGUGCCGACGCCGCCGCAGCCGGAACCGCCAAGGGAGCCGGCGGAGAAACCGGACGCGAACAUGUGCUUGAAGUACACGUUCGGCGUGAAUGCCUGGAAGCAGUGGGUGCUGUCGAAGAAUGCUGACCUGGAGAAGAGCACGCUGAGGCGAAAGCCCUUCAAGUCGGAUUUGCUGCAACUCACGGCGGACGAGCUGAACUACUCGCUGUGUCUGUUUGUGAAGGAAGUGAGGAAGCCGAACGGCAGUGAAUAUGCGCCGGAUACAAUUUACUACCUUGUGCUGGGCAUUCAGCAGUAUCUGUACGAGAACAAUCGAAUUGACAACAUCUUCACUGAUCCGUACUAUGAGAAAUUCACCGAUUGUCUCGACGAGGUGGCGAGAAAGUUCUCAGUUCUCUACAAUGAUUCUCAGUACAUCGUGACUCGUGUGGAGGAGGAGCACUUGUGGGAGUGCAAACAAUUGGGCGCCCAUUCGCCUCAUGUUCUGUUGAGCACCCUCAUGUUCUUCAACACGAAGCACUUCAAUCUCACCACUGUGGAGGAGCACAUGGAGCUCUCAUUUUCGCACAUCAUGAAGCACUGGAAGAGGAAUCCCAAUGCGCCAGGCGCGGCCAAGUUGCCGGGAUCCAGGAAUGUCUUACUCAGGUUUUAUCCACCUCAAGCGAACGAAGGCAACAAUCGCAAGAAGAGAGUUUACGAGCAGCAGGAAAAUGAACAAAAUCCGCUUCGAUGUCCUGUGAAGCUCUACGAGUUCUAUUUAUCCAAAUGUCCCGAGAGCGUCAAGACACGAAAUGAUAUCUUCUACCUGCAGCCGGAGCGCUCGUGCGUGCCAGACUCGCCCGUGUGGUAUUCAACGCAAGCGCUCGGCCGUGAGUCACUCACGAAGAUGCUGCAUCGCGUGAAGAUGGUGAAGGAGAUCAACAUUGCGCUCCUCACGAGCUAAGCGAGUCUCCGAGAAGAACUGUAGCCAUAUUUCAGAGGAGGAAGUGAAGAGGAAACUAGGACAGAGAGAGAGAGAGAGAAAGGAUGAAAUUGAGGAGUGACUGUCUGUGGAAUAUUUUGAUGUUGUAAAACAAAAGGAGAGAAUGGUAGAAGAGAUGAAAACUUUCAUUUAUGAUGGACUUUAACGUAAGGAAGAAGUUGAAGUAAUAAUUACAAUUUAAUAAUAAAAUGAGACAGAAUGAAAUAGAA